CCCAUUCCUCUCUAGCUUUGGCGACGACGCAGGCGACCCGAGAUCCACAAUCGUGGUGGGGCGGAGGAACUGGAUCCUGCAGGGACGACAAGGGAACCGGAGGUUCGGACGGCGGCGAGCACCGUCGACCACGGCGCCGAGCUACACGACCACCCUGUAGUUGCGGCGGCGGACGAGAGCUACAUGACAGACGAAGAAGUAAUGGAGCCUGAUACCGUGUUCAACCAACGUUUCGCAACAAAACGCUUGCUCGAAGUUGCGAAGACAAAACUUAAUCCUAGCAAGAGGCACUGCAUAAAUGAAACUGGCUUCGGUGAUCUCAUGAGCAUCUCACCUUUUAUAGCGCCACAUGAUUUGAUGGAGUGGUUAACAAUAAACAUUGACACUAACAGUCGUGAGCUCAGGCUGAGUCAGAACAAGGUCAUUGUGUUUACUCGAGACAUGGUGAAGAAGGUUUUCAAUAUCCCAUCAGGCAACAGACCAGUUGAGCUUUUCAAGAGACAUGAGCAUUGUGAGCUCCACAACAUUUAUCACAAGAAUGGCAGGGCUCCAAUUAUGCAUACAGUGGAUGUGCUUCAUCGAGCUAGGAAUGAUGAUGGCGAUACUACGAAGAGGUCAUGGGUGCUCUUAGCUCUUGCAACAGUUUUAACUCCAAGCACUGGCAACAUGGUGCCGCUAGAGUACUUGAAAAGCCUUGAAGAAAUGGACAAGGUUACUGAAUUCGCUUGGGAUGAGCAUGUUUUAAGUGUUGCAAUGAGAGAGGUUAAGAAGUGCCAGGACAAGAUAAAAUCACAGGCUACUUCAUUCUGGGUUGGGGGCUGCUUCCCUAUGCUCGCGGUUAUUUACAUGGACCAUUUGAUAUUUCCUCAAGCUGCCAUCAACGAGCACCAAUUGAAUUAUUCUCUUCCAAGGGCUUGCUUCGUGCAUCAGACUGACUUUGAUCUUGUGUUGGACUUUGACAAGGAUAAGCUUUCUUUGGGAAAAGCCUCUUUCGGGAAGUGUCGUUUUCGCCCUCUGUCAGAGACACCAUACGCACCAUUGCCUGCCCAAGGCCCGGUAGGCAACAUCAGUGAAGUUGCUCAAGAUCAGCAGGUUUCGGACAACCCGGAUUGUGAUGACACUCAAUAUUGUGGAGCUGGAAAUAUCAACUUUAAUGAUAACCAAGAUGACGUGGCUGCGAAAGAGAACCCUAUGGAAGGUAGCAACCCAACGGAUAAUGGUAAAAGCACCGAUGAAGAUGUGUGUGGUUCGCUGGAUGAUUGCCUUCAAAACCCGGCACCAUUUGGGGCAGAGCUUGAGCUCCCAUCACACAUCUACGACAAUCACACAAAACUAUAUGAUGCAAAGUUAAAAGGGGCUCUAAGUUCGUACGGGCAAGUGUUGCAAGCAAUACAUUGCAAGCCAAUGGAGCAGCUUCUCAAAGAUGUUCAUGUUGCUUCGUCAAGUUCUCAGGAAGCAGCGGAUGUUACCUUUGAUGUGCCGCCUCCUCGCAGCAAUGUUGUAGACAAGUCAGAUGGUCAUGGUUGUAGCAAGGAAAGUUCUAGGGAGAAGUUCGUAGAUGAGCCAACAACUGACAAGGUGUUUGAGCCAGCUGAAGGAGCUCGAAGCAAUUGUGCAAGUAGCAUUGCUCAUGAGCCUAAUGGAGGCGACGUGGUUGAGCUGGGCACAGGAAGUAGUGCUGUUGUCAGUGAGAACCUUGGACGAUGUUUUGAGACUGCAAAUGAUAAAGUGUCUAGUGGUGAAGAUAUUGAGCAUGGUCACCAACUCAGCCAUCGCAAUCACUCUGUGCCGACUAGUGUGGUUGGACAUUGGAGUGAUGUGCCAUCAAUGAGUCUGUUUCAAGAGGGCACUGAGGCAUAUGAUUGGUGGAUCAGUGUCCCAAAUGUAGAUGCGAACUCCAAUGCUCCAACCCAUGGCAACACUGUUACAACACCAAAGUCUUGUGAUGUUUUUUAUGUCACUCCUCAGGCUCCAAUCUCAACAGAAGCAGAAGUUCUAGUGUAUGAUGUCACACCAAUCUCUGUGGCUCCAUUAUCAAGCGGGACUGCAGAUGGACCAUCAAAACCACGAGAAGAGCUAGUUGUUCUAGUUAGCAGCAGGGAACCAAGUCCCGUCCUCAACGAGGAGAAGUUGAAGAGAAAGGACGAGAAGAAGCUCAAGAGCAAGAAAAGAGUAGGGAGUCCAAUGUCGGCCAGAUCAAAGCACAAGAAAAUCAAGACAGGUUCGAAGAUGGAAGCAAUGUACCAGUACUAUGUCAUGAAGAGGUACAAGAUGAAGAAGAUGAAGAGAGGGGAAAUUGAGCCUCCUUUCAUUAGGAUUGGUGAUUUCCACAUUACCUACACCAACUUUCAGAAGUCGUUGAAGCCACGCGCUCAGAUAUGCAACGAAGUCAUGUCUUUGUUCAUCGAAACCUUCAACAUUGAACAAUUGUCAUCUUCAAAUAAGCAGAAGAAAUUUGCUUUCUCUGUUUUAAUGAGCCUUCAACUCUCUAUCCACCCAGAAGUUUUUGACCCGAGUGUUUGUGCAAGAGAGCUGAGGAGGGCGUGCCAAAAUUUCCAGAUUUCAGUUUUCGACCUACUUUUCUUCACCAUCGUCCAUGAUGGCCACUGGAUUGUUUGCGUCGUUAACCUCUUGCACAAGGAGUUCAACAUGUUUGACUCAUUGGAUAACGGAAAAUUGGAUGUUGUUGCAAGGAAUCUGCUUACCAAUUUCAAGAGGAUUGCUAUAGAAGAGCCAGAUUUCAAAGUGGAUUUAUCUUCUUUCAAACCAGACUGGCCCCUACUUGACUACCCACAACAGACAACUCACUUUGAUUGUGGAUUGUUUUCAACACUGUACUUGGAAAAUUUCGACGGCAAGAGGAUGAAAGAUUUUAAGAAGCAAACUAUGCUUGAUGUGCGGAAGACCAUUGCUUCGGAGCUGUUUUUCCAUCCGCUGAACAAGGUCUGCCCCGCUGAUGUGCAUAGGGCGGUCAUAGUGGCUUGAAGAAAGUGAUCAUCAAGAAUUGAAGAAGGUGAUUGCAGCAGUUUUGAAGAUGCAACUUUGCAAUUUUUGGAAAUACAUUGUUGCCAGUAGUGUGCUAUGUUCUUUUUUUGUGUCAAAUGAACUCCAUGUAAAGCAAAUCAGUUAUGGGCCUCUAAUUGGCUGGAAUGAUUCUCAAUAGUUUGUAGUAAGGAAACAUAAUUAUAUGUUUCAGUGAUUUUGUUGGAAGCUAUAACCGUGUGGUGGUUUGUUGGAACCAAGUUAUACCAGUUUUGCUACUUGGUACUCAACCUUUUCAAG